AUGACAGAUGACAGAUCACCAUAUUUGGAUCGAGAAUUUCCCGACACAAGUCAACUUUUUGAACCCUUUCGGUACCUAAUUCGGCCAAUUUACAGAUUCCGUCUGACCGGUAUUUUUCUCGUUGACUCAACAGAAGAGUCACGUGAACGUAUCAAAAAAUUGUUUGAAGCCCAUCUUUCCUCAUUGCGUGGAGGAAGUGGUCGCAUUUGA